UGAUCUCUUUGGAUUUGUUUAAACACUUCACACAGGUGGUCUUAUCACUGUCAUCCGAUAUGACAUGUAAUACAGUGCUGAUUCCCUGCUUACUUGAAGUCCGUGUCAAGUUAAAAAUGAUUUGAAAAGAAACAUUCUAAGCAUUUGAAAAUAGUAAAUUCUGAAGCAUGAACUUGUUUGGCCAUUUAGAAAAUUGGCCUUUUUGGCUGUGUCCAUACCACAGCUGUUCACUGUGGUGUAGUUUUCAUGAUCAGCAAAUCCCUUCAUCGUCCCCAUCCACCAUGUGCUGGUUCAAUUGCAGAGUAGUUUUGGUUCAUGUUAACUUGAUUCCUUUUGGAUAAAACUAAACCAGAAGCUCUGCUCCAGCUGUACAGCACUGAUGCUCCAACUUUUAAUGGGAACAUAAGGGUCUGAACUGAAGAUUGGACGCAUUUGAACCACAUCAGUGAUGGGGGCACUCAGUCCAGGGGCCACGCUAACUCUAGUCUGAAGCCACACCUAUCACCCCAACUACACGUGGUAUAGAUAUACCAAAUACUUUGAUCUUCUGAUCCAUUCUGGUUGUGCCAAAUAACUUACUAAUGUAGAAACAACCUGUGUCAUAAGCUGGAAAAGAAGAAUGGUGCAGAAUCCAGAAACUGUCUUUUGCUUUUCUGAUUAAAAAAAAAAAAAGGCAGAGAAGGAAGGAAGAGGAGACAUAAAACAUGACUGUUAUCCAUGUGGAAAGAUUAAAUGGAACAACAGUACUAGAAGAAAGGCCCAGAGUACUAAAGAUCAAAAGAGCAAGGCCCCUGGCUGUUACGAUACAGAAUACCCUAGUUCUUGAGAAUGUGUGUGUGUGCGCAUGCGCGUGUGCACGCACACUUUUUUUUUUUUUUAGGGGGGGAAGGAAAUAGUUUUAUUCAAAGAAAGGUCUGUUUCUACCAUAAGGGCUGUUCUACCAUAAGGGGGAAAAUAAAGCUGGGUGAAAGUAUAACUUUCACAGCCAGUGCUAUAAGGAAUGUUUUGUGCAAAUGAGACCUAGGUCCAUUAUUUUAAACUGAAGUUUGUUGGAAGACUGGGGAGAAUUGGGCUGUCAGUGUUUUAGCUCUGGGUUGGCAGCUUUUGUACAGUUCAGCGUGUUGCUUGGCUGUGCAGUGGAUCUGCUUGUGCAGACGUGUGGAGUGUCCCCCGGAUAGCAGGGAGUUCUUGCUGAAAUUAAGCCAAAGUGUGAAGAAGGCUAAGGAAUCAAAUAUUCUCAUAAUGAGCCAGACUACUACGCCUAUGAUUCAGGCUGUGCUCAAAUACUCACCACAGAAAUUGCUGUGCUAGUUUAAGAUGUUACCUCCUCCUUUGCUGGAGGAUACUUACCCCGCAGUGUAGCCAGCAGAGCAGCUCACAUGAAUGUUUCUCAUGUGUUCAUUGCAAAAGUUGUCCAGUUUAGGACAGAAGAAAUUACAUCCUCCCAGUUAAAAUAUUCCAGCCUGGUUGUCUCAUACUGCAUGCUGUCAGGAAUCAAACGGCAGUCAUCCGAAGCAGAUGAGGAACGUUUUCAAGUUGUGUGGUAGAGGCAGUAACCUCCAGCACACAGGGCUCUGUAUAAAGAGCUAAUGCGUGCUACCCAUCAAAAUGGGAACAGCCUUCCUGUUGCAAACAACUUCAGCUUGAAGUGAGUGUAAAGUAGAGGGAGAAGCAGUGAAAUUCCACAGACUAUGCCAUGCACCUCAAAUAAAAUCCUGGCUACAGGGAUCUCGCCUUAUGUACAGUCAUGUUCAUGUGUACAAAGGGUUCAUAAAAUGCCAGGAAUUUACAUACACAAGUUGUGUAGCAUCUUACAAAGUACAGGGUAGGAGAGAAACAUAUAUCUAGUGGGGCUGGUUCUUUACUCAUCUAAGUUCUGCAUGUGUAACUCAGUGAGCUGAGUAACUAUUACUGCUUUUAUUUUGCUGCUUGUGAGAGUAAAAUGGGGUGAAAAUUGAGCCGCAUGGACGUCAUGGCAUCCACUUGGAGUGGAUCAGGUAAGAAUACCCCAGCGUUCCUGCUCCCACUGCUUCCUUGUGUGGUGCACAGGGCUCUAGUGAGCUGCCUUUCCAGUUACUUUUCCAGCAGGCAAUGGCAACGGAUUCAGGAAUUAAAACCCAGACCAGCAAAUUGGUAUCGCUGCUCAGGCUUUGAGACAGUAGAGGAGGUUUGUACAGAUCCAUUCAGCUCCUAUCAGAAAUUAAUGGGAAGAUUUGUGGUCAGUGUGAGUUUAGGCAUAUAAAGCUUGAUUCUAGUUCCUUUGUCUGCCAGCGCGUUAAUUGGGGCUCAGGGAGACCACUGGAAGGAGGAGGUUUUGAUGUAAAAAUCUCAUUUAUUUUUAUUGUAUUGCUAGAUCCCCAAGAUUAAUAAAGCAUAAUAUUCUUUAAAAAUCACUGUAUUUCCCCCUCCUGUGUAGGGGAAAAUGCUUUUGAGAGUCUUCUGCCUGCAUACAGAAUUAAGGAUAUUGUUGGCACAGGAAUAAAUGUGUUAAUAAAAGGCUUUGUAUACAUUUAAUUGGGAAAGUGGAGGGAGGAAGGUGUGUAUGUUAAUCUAGGUUUUAAAUAACAGCAAGCACUACGACCAAAUUGGGAUGUAAUACAGAGUCUCACUUAAGUUCAGUACCAAACACAUUCCCUUUUCGAUUCUGUCGAUUCUUAACUGUCUUGUCUCCAUUGUUAUUUUAACAAGAGAAAGCAAGCCUCAAUUUAGAUCCCCCCACCUUUUUUUUUCUUUCUACUGAAUACCUAGUCAUCAAACUGAUUUUCUGACUGGGUCUCAACUGCGAGACUUGCUGGCCUAAUUUUUCUUAGUAACUAUAAUAGCAACGGCUGGUGUUCCCUUUUUUUUUUUUUUCCUCUUCCCCUACUCUCUCCUUUCUUUUAAAUCUGAGAUGUACAGGAUGUGCAGACAUGCAGAUGUAAUUUUGGGUUAAUUGAGUAAUAGUCAUCCAAGACCCACGUGAGAUUAAUGUACAAAGUGACAGGUCAAAAAGCUCAAGGUCCAUGACCCUCUGAGAUACUAAUAUCCCCACAAUUAAUUUCAUUUUCAGGAUUGCAUCAUCUUAAAUUGAGGUGAAAUCAAGGAUUUUUCAUUUUUGUCUACCUCCAGCUGAGUUUGACUGGCACAACUUCUGACACGGGUGUGUGGAGGCUGGUACCAUGGCCAAGUCAAAUCCUUUUCUUUGUUCUCUGGGCCUGCUGCUGCUGAUAAAGUGGUCGGCGCAUGGCAUUAUGUCUUAUUACAUUUUUGAUGCAGACUGCAAAGAAACGGGUAAACUCACCAUGGUUACCACGAUCUGUCAUUUGGCAGGGCAUUCCGCACUCAGCAAUGGCCUCUAGUGUCUGCAUCACAGCUCUGCAUAUAUUGUGGGUAAAGUAGACAAUGCAGCACCCCUGGCUGCUGAAGCGACAAAAGUCUAUUGAUCUGAUUGCUAAUUUAAAUCAGUAGCGGUGCAAAAACUCCAGCAGCGGGCCCUCUUGGGUAGUUGUCCACUGAAAGUUCUUCUUGUUUGUUUUUAUCAUUCAGUGUUAAUUCAGUCACUGCUGGGAUCCAGCUCCCAUGCUGAGACCAACUAGUGUCCACUGCAGUGCCUUGCGCUGGCUUUCACAUCUGUGAAACUUUCUCGGUCAGCCGCUAGAUUCACUGCUGUAUCUUGCCACAUCACAUGUCUGUGAAUUUUUGUUCUUAUCUAGACUGCAUUCCUUGCCUUAUCUUCAUAAACCAAGAAUGUGUCGUUGUUUAAAUCAACAUAAUCUGCAACAAUCAAUAAAGUAUCUGCGCUGUAUGAUCAUUGACUGAUACAGUGGUAGUGAAUGAUCUUGUUUUCUCUUUUGCACGAACUGCAGCUAAGGUUUGUUCAGUGGGUAAAGCAGGGUUCCUGUGCCUGGUCGUCUGAGUCCUUGCCUUGAUUCUGAAGGAGUUUGGAGCUCCCAGGUCUUGUAUUAUGACGGACUGCUUGUAGUAACAGUUUAGGAACAAGUCUUUACAGGAUGGGUCUUUUGUUUUAUUGUACAUGAAGAGAAAUUGCUUAAGUCUUUUUCUGCUUAAUUGAGGUAAUUAAACCUUCCUACCUUGCAGUGCAAGGGACUCAUUAAUGUUUUUAAAGCAUUUUGAAAUCCUUGGAGGAAGAUGUAGUUUGCUGUUGUGUCAUGUUUGAUAACUGCUGAAAUUCAAUCAUCUAGACUUGAGAUAUUGACUGAGCUGUACGUACAGAAAUCUUGCAUUUGUUCACAUAUUUUGAGCUGAUAACGUAAUGAACUAAUUGAGAAAUUGAGAACGUAGCUGACAGCUCUGGUGUUCCUUCACAGCACAGGAGCUGUGCUCUACGGGUGUGUUUUGUUUUGUUUUGUUUUUUAAUGUGCUUUAGCAAAGUGUGAUAAUUAGUUCCAUGAGUAAUGGAAAUGCAGAUUGUAGCACCAUAAAAUUUAGCAGGUUAAUUAAAGACAAAAGAGAAACUUUGCUUAUUUAAGGAGUCCUACUGAUCAUCCCAUUUUACCAUCACUAGGUUUUCACUAGUUAACUAGUUAAAAUUAAGAACACGCUCUCUUCUUGUAGUGAAGAUGACACCAUGGUGAUAUCCUGUGAUUAAUCCUAAAGUGGAAAGAGAUUUCCCAACUGAAGAGGACAGGGAAUCUCUGUCCCACUGUGUUUAUCAGUGCUUUUAUGGUGUAACCACUAGCUUUUUGUUUCUCUCUUUUUGUCACGAGGGAAAAUCGGAAUGAAAUCACUUGCAACUUUAAAACGAAAACAGCUUUGAGUCCCAGUGACUUUUAGCAUCAAUUUAAUUUAAUUUCAAAUAAAGUCUGGUAAAUAAGAACUCUUCCUCGUGUGGGAAGACAGUUGGGAAUUUCAGCAAAGGAGUUUGAAAGGGGGAAGAUUUUUCAGACAGCAGUCUGAAAUCUGUGUCUGCUGCCUGCAGGCAAAGACAGCAGCAACAGUGGACGCAGGAGCACUUCUACUGCAAGAGCAGAAAAGAGCCGCUAAGUCUAGCGGGGUAAUGCUCCCUUAGUCCUGAGUGUACAGUCCAUAAACAGCAGGUCUUGCAACACUGUUGUAAAAUGGGCAGCAUAAUCAGGCCCUCUCAGAAAAAAAAAACAAAAAAACUGUUUUGAUGUUUCUCAACCCCAAUUUCCUAUGUUGGAAAAUUGGGGGGGGAAAAGCGUUUUGAUUCCUCAAUUUUGGAGCAGUUUUUCAGUAGAUCACAUUAGAGUCUGUUUCUAUAACUUUCAGUUAACUUGAUGCCCUGUUGAUCUGAAUAUAAUCUGAAUAUGAUCUUUUAUAACGUUAGAACAUGUAACCAUAGCCCAAAGUGAUGUUGUUUUUCCUUUAGUUUACUUUUGCAGUACGGUCUGACUGGCUAAAAAUGUUUGACAUCACAGAAAGAGGAAUAAUGGUAGCAGCUCUUCAACUCUGAUGUUUUACAAUGAGCAGCAGAUCUGAUGUACCUCAUCUGACUGUCCCCUAUGAAUAGUUUUGGCAUCAGCUGGAAAUAGUAUUGAGGGUAACUUGCAUUGACCAUGUGAUGACACUUUAAGUUGCAAAAUUGCUUUCAGAUAACUUGCACUGAAAAGGUAAAAAUAGCACAGUACAUUAGACUCAUCUAUGAGGAAUGUAUAUAUGCAAAAAUAGGGCUCCUUAAUAUUUACAGUUUGUCUAGGCAGAACAACCUGUCAUGUUACACUCUGUUUCACUUUUAGGCAAACAAUUUGCACUGAUAAUGUUGCAGGCUGUGCUAUUUUCAAAUGUAAAGCAAACAUUAGAGAAGUGUUAAUUUAACUGUUCUCUUCCUACAAAGUGCGACUCUGAAACGGUAUUAGUGUGCUUAGAAAGAGGUGAGAGGUCAUGGCUUUAGAAAAGAAAAAAGCUAUCUAGAAUGUGUCCCAGUGUAACUGACUAAUCCAUCUCUAGAUAAUAACUGAUUUUUUUUUUUUCCUUUUCUCUUUACAGCUGGGAGUGUGCAUUCCCCCUCCACAAGUAUGGCAACAUCUGCACAAUACAGACAGCUUAUAAAUGACUAUGGACCCCCAUCCCUAGGCUAUACACAAGGGAUGCAGGGUACCAGCAGCAGUCAAGUACCACAGAGCAAAUAUGCAGAACUUCUAGCUAUCAUAGAAGAAUUAGGAAAAGAGAUUAGACCCACAUAUGCUGGGAGUAAAAGUGCGAUGGAGAGGCUAAAACGAGGCAUUAUUCAUGCUAGAGGACUAGUUCGGGAAUGCUUGGCUGAGACUGAACGAAACGCAAGAUCCUAGCCCACUAAUUCAGUGACAAGAUUUUCCAUCUCUCAAUGAAGAAAAAGUAAUACUUAUUCCUUUGACUCUUGAAACAUUCAGAUGAAUUCCUUUAUUUUGAAUGUUUUACCUUUCUGUUUUUGCCCUUACAAAAGUGUAUAGUUAAGAAUGAGAAAACAAGGAUUUUUCAACUUACUGAGGGUUUGCAUUUUGUAAAGACAUUAAAACUCCCCAAAAUGUUUCUAAAACAUGACAAUUGAAUUGCAUGCAGAGGAAUGCUCUCUCUCACCCAGGCUCUAUUUCAGUUCUCUUCUUAUCCAGCCACAGUCUCGUUCUGUUUUUCUUUUGACUAUAUUCACUUAACCCCAAACUGUCAAUCUUUCAAAGUUUGACAUAAACUCUAAGGAUUUUUUUAAUAAAUGCAGAAUAGCAUGCUGUACCUAGUAGUCUGCUAUGUCACAAUUUGUCAUACAGCAUAGACCCUGCUUAGAAAUAACCUCCCCCUCCUCUUACUUUUCCUUUUUUGUUUGUUUUGCAUAAACAUUUGCAUGACUGUUAGUGCUUUGAAGUCCAUUUAAAGUGCAUGAGUUAUACGGAAAAUAGGGAAACCUAUUAAAUAAUAACAAGGUCCCAGAAAGCUAAUUUCUACAUUAAGGCUGGAGGUUUCAGUUUUAAGUUUGCCAAAAAAGAAAAUUCUAGAUAAAUUACUAAAACUGUUAUUUGCAUCUUUGUAUGUAUUUAUUAUUUUAUGUAAUAAAGCUUAUUUUCAUUAACAGUUUGUAUUAAAA